AUGACCGCAUCGGCGCAAAAUUUGGUGGGGUUAAAGGCGGCCUAUGACGCCAGUCGUAAGGCGUAUUACGCUGCACAUAAGGCACAAACUUCUGGAUUCUCCACCACUUCAGAUGUGCUUCGAAUUGAAAAGACCACUUCUGAUGUGCGCCAAGAAGUGAUUCGGACCUAUUUUGAGAUCUUGUCGAAUCGUUUGCGGUUGUUGUAUUUGGAUAAUCUCUUGUCUGUUGAAACACUUGCCAAUACAGACAAUCUUAUUCGUUCUGCGGAGAGAUUGAUGAAAGAAUUGGCAAAAGUAAAUGCUCAACAAGUCCGGGGUGGCGCAUUGAAUAUGGCCGCCUUGGGCAAGUUUAUGACGCUGCAAGCUACUGCCCUUCGCACAUUAGAGUCUGCAAUGGGCAAAGACUCAGCGAGCACAGGUGGCACUGGCGACAAAAAGGCGGGCGGUAGCGGCGGUUCAGGUGACAAAAAAGCAUCUGGUGGUGCUGGUGGAUCUGGCGAUAAAAAAUCAGGGAAUCUUGUCUACAUUCCGCCAAGUGCUUACACGGCCCCAGAACUGGGUUUGCAAGCUCAAAAUGCAGAAACGGCUAUGUAUUAUAAGGUGUAUGCAGAAGUUGAUGAUAUCAAGAGGUUUAACAAUGGGAAAAUUUUCUCCCGAGAAGGCAAGUUGAUUAAUUUUAAGCCUGGUAUGACCCUUGAGGCGGAUAUCAAGAUGGAAAACAAAUCCUUGCUCGAAUGGUUGUUUCCCCCAAUUUACCACAUGAAAGAACGUUUGUUUGGCGAUGGUCGCAAAAAAGAAGAUAAAGUGAUCGCUCAAGCUAAACCCGCUGGCAAGCCUUCCUGGUUUGAGCGGACGUUCCCCAAUUUAAAUAAUUUCUUUUUUGGCGGCGACCAUUAUACGGGCGAAACAGCACAAGAUUGGAGCUGUCAUAAGGACCCAUACCAAAUCAAUAGUGUCUCGGACUCUAACCAAGCAAGCGGAUCUAUCGUCAAUAGCGUGCCAAUCACCACGGCGACAACAACCCCAGAAGGGGAUGCCCCCGCUGCGAGCAGCCCGCUAGAAACAAGUUCAGCCCCCGCCACAACCUCUGCUACUACGCCAGAUGUGCCUGCUACACCAGAUGUGCCUGCUACGCCGCAACCUGAUUCUAAAACGCAAAGCACUACUACUCCUCCACCAGCCAAUGAUGCAGCUACAUCAGGAGGGGCGGCAGCUACGGAUGCAAAUACCGAUAAGUCGACGCAACCUGUUAAUGAGAAAGCAAAAGCCAAUGACAAUAAGGCCGCACCAGCAUCGGAACUCUCGGUGGGGGACCCUGUCACCCAUGAAACCUAUGGUGUGGGCCGUUACCAAGGACUCAUCCAUCUGGAUUUAGGUACGGGUGAUGAAGAGUUUGUACACCUGACCUAUGCUGAUGGUGGCACGCUCUAUGUUCCUGCUCAACGCAGUGGGAAAAGGCGAAAGCAAAAGCUGCCAAACAAAUUCGGGAUACGGCUGCCGAACUCUUAA